AUGCUAAUCAUCCUGACUUUGGUCAUGUGUGCGACCUUAGCUGCCGCAGGAGGCAGUUUAGCGCCUGCUGUGCAAAUCAACCCCGGACUUUCCUGGCCUGUUCGGAACGGUCGGGUCCAGCAUCUUCAGGCCCAUGGCGCGGGGUUCUUUUACGAAGACGGCACGUAUUACAUGAUCGGAGAGAAUAAGACCACCGGUCCCAUCUUCCAGUCAGUGUCGUGCUAUCGGUCCAAGGAUCUCUUGCAUUGGGACUGGGUGAAUGAUCUCCUUACGGCCGAUGCCACCAUCCCAGACCUCGGGCCGGACCGUGUCAUUGAGAGACCAAAGGUCAUCUAUAACAAAGCGACAGGAAAAUAUGUGCUGUGGAUGCAUGUCGAAUCAUCCAACUACUCAUACGCGCGUGCAGGCGUUGCCUGGUCCGAUUCCGUUUGUGGCACCUAUACGUAUGUGGGGAGCUAUAGGCCUCUGGGCAAAUAUAUCUCCCGCGAUAUGACUGCUUGGGUUGAUGACGAUGAGACAGGGUAUCUGCUUGGAGAGGAUCGACCGACCGGCCUGGUUGUCUAUAAGCUGUCGGAUGACUAUCUUUCCAUUGACUCCUUGGUCUACAAUACGAUGGAGCACAUCGAGUCACCAGCAAUCUUCAAGGCCGACGGGGUCUAUUACCUUCUUGGAUCUCAACUUACAGGCUGGGCUCCCAAUGACAAUUACUAUACCACGGCAGAAAGCUUGGAAGGGCCAUGGAGCGAGCUUCAGCUAUUUGUACCGAGCGGGUCAAAGACAUAUAGCUCGCAGACCACGUUCGUGCUCAAGGUUGGCGACACGUACAUCUAUUGCGGCGAUCGCUGGGAUCCCGAAAAUCUGGGCGGUCUGCAGGCAUCAACAUACGUCUGGCUACCACUAGAGCUUGACACGGCUGCACGGAUGGUCAAUGUCUCCUGGUAUGACUCAUGGACCCUUAAUUCAAUAUCCGGUGCAUGGGCAGCGAAUCUGGCGCCGCCGUCAGUAUACGAAGCCAAUUCUCCGUCAAAUACCUUGAGCAAUGGCGCGUUCCUUACUGAAGAUGACUACUUCCGCGCAUUCGACGGCCCUGGGGUGAUGAACAUUGGUGGCCCCGACGGUGGGAGCUUGACCUUCCACGAUAUCACGAUCACCGGUGACUUCCCCCAGAUGCUCAAGAUCAGAUACCAGAACCUCGAGAAAUAUGUGCAAUAUGCAUCGGUUAGUCUGAGAAGAAAGCGUGGCAGUGACCAUAGCAGACAGGAUGCUUACGCGGCUUUUUUACCGACAUUGUCGACAAGGGGCAGAACAGUGCAUACUGUGGCCUCAGUUCCUGGGCUUCGGCUGACCCCCGGCGUCUUUGACUUGACCAUCAAGGGGCUUCCAGGCUACACGCAUAAUACAACGGCUGCUAUUCACUCGAUCCAGUUUGAUUGAGUUGGUGGCAGGGCCUGGUUCAUGUAUCUACUCUUUGUCUUGUCAAUGCGAGACCCACAAAGACAAUGUCGGGAUUUUCCUCACCUGUGAUUGGUCGAAAGUAGGUUUCUCCUGUGGAUAUGUCAGCCGGGCCGUUGAUCUAUGGGGAGGAUCUGAAGAAGUUGAGAGGUCUGUCAUUCUGAAUAACUGGGGAAACGGCACUAUUUAAGCACAGGAAUCGACUAAACUAAAUAAGGAAAUAGGGUCUAUCUAAUAUUACUGCUCUAAUCGCUGUAUCUCGUGAGUCCUGAGAGGAAUGUUUAAUGGAAUGGUGAGAGGAAUGCUUGCGCGGGGUCUGGAGCCAGGGGCUCUGGCCGACACACCCCCUCAGUGGUUAGAGGUUCCUAAUUAGGUCGCGAUGAGGCU